CUAUGGAUUGGAGUCAGAUGUUUCAGAUCUUCCUCUUCUCACUCCUCUGUCUCACUGGCAGCUCCAAGGCUGUAGGAGGUAAGUAGGACACACUUCACCGAAGACUUCCAGUCAGACAUUAAUCAAUCAAUCAAGCAAUAGUUAUGAGGACAGCUUGAAGCACGGUUUGAAUUACCCAAACUGGCUCAAUUGAAUUUAACAGCCCUAACUAUAAUCUGAAACAUGGCCCUUCACUUUGUGAUGACUCAACUUUGACCUCUGGUGGGUGUUGAUGGAAUUAGUAUUUGAUACAGCAACUGUGCAAAUACAGUAUCUGUGUGCAUGUUUAUUGGUGUCCUAAAACAGGGUUUCUCAAACUCGGUCCUGGGGCCCCACCUGGGUGCACGUUUUGGUUUUCGCCCUAGCACUACACGGCUGAUUCAAAUAACCACCUCAUCAUCAAGCUUUGAUUAUUUGAAUCAGCUGUGUAGUGCUAGGGCAAAAACCAAAACAUGUACCCAGGCGGGGCCCCAGGACCGAGUUUGGGAAACCCUGUUCUAAAAAGUUUUAUUUUUGAAGGGACCAUCUCUGUACAAAAUCUAUACUUACAUGACACACAGUAUAAUAAUUGCAUAAUUUACAAAACCACAUUCAUUUUGUGUGCAUCAACAUUCUUCAAGGGGGCCCUCAAAUAGUCUCUGUGCCGCAUGUUUGUCUUCACUCUAUGCACUCUUGGUGUACAGAGCUCUGUAAGGACUAUGGACGAGAGUUUGAGCGGAUCUUUUCAGUCCCGGGCGAUGCCGCCAUGUUGACCUCCACCCUGUUAGCCCCCAACGUGUUCGACUACCUCAACGUCCCCCAUAACAUCUCAUGGUACAACCAAAGGACUGGGAGAAAGCUGACCAGGGAGACAGGAAGAACUUUGGUGCAGGGGAAGACACUGUGGAUGUUUAACAUUGAGAUGGACGAUGCUGGAGACUAUGUCUGUGUUGUGAGGUAGGAUAUAUACACUACAUGACCAAAAGUGUGUGGACACCUGCUGGUCGAACAUCUCAUUCCAAAAUCAUGGGCAUUAAUAUGGAGUUGGUUCCCCCUUUGCUGCUAUAACAGCCUCCACUCUUCUGGGAAGGCUUUCCACUAGAUGUUGGAACAUUUCUGCGGGGACUUGCUUCCAUUCAGACACAAGAGCAUUAGUGAGGUCGAGCACUGAUGUUGGGCGAUUAGGCCUGGCUCACAAUUGGCGUUCUAAUUCAUCCCAAAGGUGUUCGAUGGGGUUGAGGUCAGGGCUCUGUGCAGGCCAGUCAAGUUCUUCCAAACCGAUCUCGACAAACCAUUUCUGUAUAGACCUCGAUUUGUGCACGGGGGAAUUGUCUUGCUGAAACAGGAAAGGGCCUUCCCCAAACUGUUGCCAUGAAGUUGGAAGCACAGAAUUGUCUAGAAUGUAAUCGUAUGCCUUAGCGUUAAGAUUUCCCUUCACUGGAACUAAGGGGCCUAGCCCGAACCAUGAAAAACACCCUCAGACCAUUAUUUCUCCAGCCGACUCUUGGCAUUGCGCAUGGUGAUCUUAGGCUUGUGUGCGACUGCUCGGCCAUGGAAACCCAUUCCUUUAAGCUCCCGACGAACAGUUACUGUGCUGACAUUGCUUCCAGAGGCAGUUUGGAACUGGGUAGUGAGUGUUGCAACCGUGGACAGGCGAUUUACGCGCUUCAGCGGUCCCGUUCUGUGAGCUUGUGUGGCCUACUAUUUCGCAGUUGAGCCGUUGUUGCUCCUAGACGUUUCCACAAACUGACUUGUUGGAAAGGUGGCAUCUUAUGACGGUGCCUCGUUAAAAGUCACUGAGCUCUUCAGUAAGACCAUUCUACUGCCAAUGUUUGUCUAUGGAGAUUGCAUGGCGGUGUGCUCAAUUUUAUACACCUGUCAGCAACGGGUGUGGCUGGAAUAGCCAAAUCCACUAAUUUGAAGGGGUGUCCACAACUUUUGUGUCUGUCUGUCUGUCUGUGUGUGUGUGUGUGUGUGUGUGUGUGUGUGUGUGUGUGUGUGUGUGUGUGUGUGUGUGUGUGUGUGUGUGUGUGUGUGUGUGUGUGUAUGUGUGUAUGUGGUUCCGUAGUACAGUGCUGUAAAUCUCGUCUGCUGUCUUGGAUGAACAGAACUCCCUCCCAGUGCUACAAGCAGGCUACCUUACUGAUUGUGAACCAGACCCACCCAGAAGAAUGCGGUCGACCACAGAAUAAGGUUGAACAGGUCCUGACCAAUACAGCCAGAGCUGUCCUGUCCUGCCCAUUGAGUGACCACAUCAGGAAAGUGGACAGGUACUCAAUCCAGUGGUACAAGGUGAGUCCUAUACGGGAAACAGACAGUACAGUGCAAAGGGAGAAUGUUGAGAGGGGAACCCUGAGGCCUGAGAGUGAUGGAAAACCUGUUUGAACUCUGUCAUUCAGUCUGUCUUUCUGUAUUCUUCAUUUAUCUUUAAAACUAUAGGAAUGUAGGGUGACUACAUGUGAGAGAAUUUUCCAUCAGAUAUACGCUAUUUACAUUAUUAUCAUUGUUCUAACACAUUUACACUACCAGUCAAAAGUUUGGACACACCUAUUCAUUCAAGGGUUAUUCUUUAUUUAAAAAAAAAUUCACAUUGUAAAAUAAUAGGGAAGACAUCAAAACUAUGAAAUAACACAUAUGGAAUCAAUUAGUAACCGAAAAAGUGUUAAACAAAUCAAAAUAGAUUUUAUAUUUGAGAUUCUUCAAAUAGCCACCCUUUGCCUUGAUGACAGCUUUGCACACUCUUGGCAUUCUCUCAACCAGCUUCAUUAGGUAGUCACUGGGAAUGCAUUUCAAUUAACAGGUGUGCCUUCUUAAAAGUUAAUUUGUGGACUUUAUUUCCUUCUGAAUGUGUUUGAGCCAAUCAGUUGUGUUGUGCCAAGGUAGGUGGCUAUUCAGAAGAUAGCCCUAUUUGGUAAAAGACCAAGUCCAUAUUAUGGCAAGAACAGCUCAAAUAAGCAAAGAGAAACGAUAGUCCAUCAUUACUUUAAGACAUGAAGGUCAGUCAAUACGGAACAUUUCAAGAACUUUGAAUGCUUCUUCAAGUGCAGUCGCAAAAACCAUACAGCGCUAUUAUGAAACUGGCUCUCAUGAGGACCGCCACAGGAAUGGAAGACCCAGUUACCUCUGCUGCAGAGGAUAAGUUCAUUAGAGUUACCAGCCUCAGAUAUUGCAGCCCAGAUAAAUGCUUCACAGAGUUCAAGUCACAGACACAUCUCAAUAUCAACUGUUCAGAGGGGACUGUGUGAAUCAGGCCUUCAUGGUUGAAUUGCUGCAAAGAAACAACUACUAAAGGACACCAAUAAGAAGAGGAGACCUGGUUGGUCCAAGAAACACGAGCAAUGGACAUUAGGCCGGUGGAAAUGUGUCCUUUGGUCUGGAGUCCAAAUUGGAGAUUUUUGGUUCUAACCGCUGUGUCUUUGUGAGACGCGGUGUGGGUGAACGGAGGAUCUCCGCAUGUGUAGUUCCCACCGUAAAGAAUGGAGGAGGAGGUGUUAUGGUGUGGGGGUGCUUUGCUGGUGACACUGUCUGUGAUUUAUUUAGAAUUCAAGGCACACUUAACCAGCAUGGCUACCACAGCAUUCUACAGCGGUAUGCCAUCCCAUCUGGUUUGGGCUUAGUGGGACUAUCAUUUGUUUUUCAACAGGACAAUGACCCAACACACCUCCAGGCUGUGUAAGCGUUAUUUGACCAAGGAGAGUGAUGGAGUGCUGCAUCAGAUGACCAGGCCUUCACAAUCCCCCGACCUCAACCCAAUUGAGAUGGUUUGGGAUGAGUCAGACGGCAGAGUGAAGGAAAACCAGCCAACAAGUGCUCAGCAUAUGUGGGAACUCCUUCAAGACUGUUGGAAAAGCAUUCCAGGUGAAGCUGGUUGAGAGAAUGCCAAUAGUGUGCAAAGCUGUCAUCAAGGCAAAGGGUGGCUAUUUGAAGAAUCUCAAAUAUAAAAUAUAUUUUGAUUUGUUUAACACUUUUUGGGUUACUACAUGAUUAUAUAUGUGUUGUUUCAUAGUUUUGAUGUCUUCACUAUUAUUCUACAAUGAAUAGAAAAUAGUACAAAUAAAGAAAAACCCUUGAAUGAGUAAGUGUGUCCAAACUUUUGACUGGUACUGUACAUCGAAUUGUUCUCAUAGUAGGUACUGUAGGUCUUCUUGUGUAAGACAUUAUAUCUUAACAUUGUAAUAUUGUAAUAUUUUGUAUUACUAGGGUCAUUCUUGAAUUGCGGUGGCAUUUGGGCUUGGCAUUUUGGAGAAAAUAAUUAGUGAAUUUUUAUUGAUUUUAAAAUGUUUAAAUGUAUUUGGGUCCAUCUUCCCAUUCUAAAUCAACUAGUAUGGCAGCGUAAUGACUUAAAAUGUUUUUAUCAUUAUGAUAACUUUGUGCCAACAGUACCACUAAUGAUGGUAACACCAAUGACACAUUUUUGGUUAUUGAGGAUUUUCUUAAAUGGAGGCCACAGAUGCUCAAAUCUAAGGUCAUUAAGCCUUUGAAAAAAGUAUUUUCUAUUUGAUAUGAUUAAUAAUUUUGCUCACAAUUAAAUGUCCCUUCUUUGAAAUUGAGUAACACCAAUGACACAUUGCAUUUAGACACCAAAUGUUCUAUGCAAUCCUCAAAUUUAUGACAUACUAAAAGGGUGUGAUUAGCUAAUAAUUUUCUUUAAUAUAACAGUUUGCCACUGGAGGGAAUGCUCAAGGUCCUUUAUGUGCUGUAUAUCUUUGUAAUGAGGGAUUUUCAAGGUGUUAACACCAAUGACAUAAAACUUAGGGACACACAUUAUACUAGUAAAUAAAAAGGCUUUUAAUAGCCUUUGUUUUUAUUGAUCUAUACAAUAUAUGAAAAACCUUUGUUCAAUUUCUAGAAUUCAAAAUAAUAGACAGAUACAGUUGAAGUCUGAAGUUUACAUACACUUAGGUUUGAGUCAUUAAAACUCGUUUUUCAACCACUCCACACAUUUCUUGUUAAAAAACUAUAGUUUUGGCAAGUCGGUUAGGACAUUUACUUUGUGCAUGACACAAGUAAUUUUUCCAACAAUUGUUUACAGACAGAUUAUUUCACUUAUAAUUCACUGUAUCACAAUUCCAGUGGGUCAGAAGUUUACAUACACUAAGUUGACUGUGCCUUUAAACAGCUUGGAAAAUUCCAGAAAAUGAUGUCAUGGCUUUAGAAGUUUCUGAUAGGCUAAUUGACAUCAUUUGAGUCAAUUGGAGGUGUACCUGUGGAUGUAUAUCAAGGCCUACCUUCAAACUCAGUGCCUCUUUGCUUGACAUCAUGGGAAAAUCAAAAUAAAUCAGCCAAGACCUCAGAAAAUAAAUUGUAGACCUCCACAAGUCUGGUUCAUCCUUGGGAGCAAUUUCCAAAUGCCUGAAGGUACCACGUUCAUCUGUACAAAUAAUAGUGCUCAAGUAUAAACACCAUGAGACCACGCAGCUGUCAUACCGCUCAGGAAGGAGACGCAUUCUGUCUCCUAGAGAUUAAUGUACUUUCGUGCGAAAAGUGCAAAUCAAUCCCAGAACAACAGCAAAGGACCUUGUGAAAAUGUUGGAGGAAACAGGUACAAAACUAUCUAUAUCCACAGUAAAACAAGUCCUAUAUCGACAUAACCUGAAAGGCCGCUCAGCAAGGAAGAAGCCACUGCUCCAAAACCGCCAUAAAAAAGCCAGACUACGGUUUGCAACUGCACAUGCGGACAAAGAUCGUACUUUUUGGAGAAAUGUCCUCUGGUCUGAUGAAACAAAAAUAGAACUGUUUGGCCAUAAUGACCAUCGUUAUGUUUGGAGGAAAAAGGGGGAUGCUUGCAAGCCGAAGAACACCAUCCCAACCGUGAAGCACGGGGGUGGCAGCAUCAUGCUGUGGGGGUGCUUUGCUGCAGGAGGGACUGGUGCACUUCACAAAAUAGAUGGCAUCAUGAGGAAGGAAAAUGAUGUGGAUAUAUUGAAGCAACAUCUCAAGACAUCAGUCAGGAAGUUAAAGCUUGGUUGCAAAUGGGUCUUCCAAAUGGACAAUGACCCCAAGCAUACUUCCAAAGUUGUGGCAAAAUGGCUUAAGGACAACAAAGUCAAGGUAUUGGAGUGGCCAUCACAAAGCCCUGACCUCAAUCGUAUAGAAAAUGUGUGGGCAGAACUGAAAAAGCGUGUGCGAGCAAGAAGGCCUACAAACCUGACUCAGUUACACCAGCUCUGUCAGGAGGAAUGGGCCAAAAUUCACACAACUUAUUGUGGGAAACUUGUGGAAGGCUACCCGAAACGUUUGACCCAAGUUAAACAAUUUAAAGGCAAUGCUACCAAAUACUAAUUGAGUGUAUGUAAACUUCUGACCCACUGGGAAUGUGAUGAAAUAAAUAAAAGCUGAAAUAAAUAAUUCUCUCUACUAUUAUUCUGACAUUUCACAUUCUUAAAAUAAAGUGGUGAUCCUAAUUGAUCUAGGACAGGGACUUUUUACUAGGAUUAAAUGUCAGGAAUUGUUAAAAACUGAGCUUAAAUGUAUUUGGCUAAGGUGUAUGUAAACUUCCGACUUCAACUGUAUCGCUAAAUCCCCAAAACAUGUCACUACAAAUCACUACUGGGACAAACCAAUUUGCUUACCUUACCCUAAGUACUUUAAACAAUGCAUAAACAAAGUUUUGCAGUAUAAAGCACUUGCAUUGUGGUUUAUCAUUGAUGAAUAGUUCAAUAUAAACAAAAACAUGUAUGAUGUGUAACUAUUUGUAAUUUUAAAGUGUUUUUCAUGGUUGCAAAUGCAUGGGACGCAAAUGCCAACGUAAUUCAAGAAAGACCCACUAGCCAUAUUCCAUUUCCGUUACCUUUCAGUGGGCAUUUCUACUUUAAACCUUUCAGGGAUGCGAACGCAUUGUGAAAGAUGACCCAUUGUGGGACAGGUUUACCACUGUCAGUGAUGGUCAGAAACUCUCAGUAUAUCCGGUCAGCCCUGAGGACCAUGGGUUCUACACCUGCACCAUGACCUUUGACCUGGAAGGGCUCAGCGGCAGGAUUUCAGAGACCUUUGAGGGUACGGUGAAAAGUGAGUACUGUUCGCACAGCUUGGAAGUGGUUGUUUUCAAUAGGGUCAGGUGACUGCAUAUUUCGCUGUCUGUUUAUGAUGUUUAUGAAUCAUUGUCAUAAUUUCAGAGGAGUAUUGCCUUGUCCCCAAAGUGGUUGAACCUGCUAAUGAGAUCAUCAAAGCAGAUUUGGGUAAGACACUAUAGAACAUAUACUGUGUGUGUUCGUGUGUGUGUGUGUGUGUGUUCGUGUGUGUGUAUGUAUGUGUAUGGUAUGUGUGUGCAUGCUCCAACUAUAUCUGUAUGACUUCUAAGUAUCAGAAUCACCUUUAUUCGACAAGCACAUUUACACAUACUCAGAAUUGUACUUGAUGAUAUGGUGCUGCUAGUGAUAGACAACAUUUAGAGACAGAAUACAGACAACGGAGUUUAAACAACGUUUACAUACAUUACACUGAUUGUACAAAACAUUAGGAACACCUUGCCCUCAGGACAGCCUCAAUUCGUCAGGGCAUGGACUCUACAAGAUGUUGAAAGUGUUCCACAGGGAUGCUGGCCCAUGUUGACUCCAAUGCUUUCCACAGUUGUGUCAAGUUGGCUGGAUGUCCUUUGGGUGGUGGACCAUUCUUGAUACACACGGGAAACUGUUGAGCAUGAAAAACCCAGCAGAGUUGUAGUUCUUGUCAUACUCAAACCGGUGUGCCUGGAACCUACUAUGAUACCCCGUUCAAAGGCACUUACAUAUUUUGUCUUGCCCAUUCACCCUCUGAAUGGCACACAUACACAAUCCAUGUCUCAAUUGUCUCAAGGCUUAAACAGUGGAUUUAACAGGUGACAUCAAUAAGGGAUCAUAGCUUUCACCUGGUCAGUCUGUGGUCCUCUGUAGCUCAGCUGGUAGAGCACGGCGCUUGUAACGCUAAGGUAGUGGGUUCGAUCCCCGGGACCACCCAUACACACAAAAAAAUAAAUAAUGUAUGCACGCAUGACUGUAAGUCGCUUUGGAUAAAAGCGUCUGCUAAAUGGCAUAUUAUUAUUAUUAUAUUAUUGAAAGAGCAGGUGUUCUUAAUGUUUUGUACACUCAGUGGAUAUGCAACUAGUUGGGACCUUUUGUACACAUUAUUUGAUGUAUGAACUUUAUAAAUAAUUCAAUGUUUGCCCCCUAGGCUCUUCCUUCAGUAAGAUGUGUCGGGUGUUUGUGCUGAGUGUGGGGGGACAAUGCGGGGAUGUGAUUUGGAGCGCUGAAGAUGACUUUAUUCCCGAAGAUGUCUCAAAGCGCGUCUUUCAGGAACCACAAAGGUAGGUUGAGACAGCAGCAUCACAACACACUGUAAUACUUCUAUAUACCUGUAUUCUGUGUCAUCCAGAUGGAUGUUCUACUGUAUAGUAUCCAAACUGUUGGUAUCGUAUCAAGGAUAUACCAUUAAGAUUAAGAUGGGAUCCAUAUCCCUGAAUACAACGUUUUUCCUUUGAAUGGAACUUCACAAACAGUCAAUAGCUAGAUUUCCAUUCAAUUAGUGACAGAUUUAUGAAAUAUAAAAACAUCUGCAUAACAACAAUAUGCACAUUUUCCCACCAUAGGUGUGUUUCCAUCAAACUGACUUGUGAAUAUGUGAAAUGGGUUUCCAUCGCAUUUUCAACUCUACAGAUCAACUGUUGCGAUAAAUAGCAAACUUGCCCAAUCUGGUUUUGGCACAUGCUCUCUAGACAACAGUUUGCUGAUAAAGUAGACAGGUUAUAUAAUGAGAUAUAAAUAAUAGUAAUAUAAUUUUAUUUGAUAAUUGGCAGCCAAGCACCGAUCAUCAUAACAGCAUUCAAAUAAUAGCCUACCCUCGAUAUUUAGUCUUUGGAAAUGUACAUGAUCGCCGUGCACUUAAAGGCCCAGUGCAAUCAAAAAUGUGAUUUUCCAGUUUUUUAAAUAUAUAUUUUCACACUAUGAGGUUGGCAUAAUACUUAGAAAUUGUGAAAAUUAUGAUAAUGCCCCUUUAGUGUAAGAGCUGUUUGAAAAGACCACCUGAAAUGUCAGCCUGUUUUGGGUUAAUAGACCAAUAAGAAAGAGUUGCAAAACCUCUCUGUCAAUAACAGCUAGUUUUCCCCUCCCCACUCAGACCACUCCCACACAGUUCUGGCAAAAGUAUUGCUUGAGAAAUUGCUCUUUGGUAAGGGACGGAUCGAAAUGUACCGAAAUGUUACAGUACCUGGAGGAAAAUGGGGGAGUGUCAUGCAUUUUCAAUUUCAGUCAAGGGGAGGGUUUAGCUUUUUUUUUUUAAACUAGUCCAGGGGAGGGUCAUGUAAUUGAUGACAUUUCAAUAUUUCUCAGUGUUUUAGAAUGAGUUGCUUAUUAGGCUAUAUAUCGAUGUGUGCCCGAUGUCGCCCCUCAUCUCUGAUUCUUCACUGGGCGCACAAUAUCAAGUGCGCCUAUAGGCUAUUUAGUGUGGUCUCAAUCAAAUGAUCCAUAGCCUAUAGGCUACAAAGUGCACAGAGCAAAGUUAUAUUCUUAAGAUAGCUGCUGGGAUGGUGUAAAUAAAACAAGGCUGCAUUACACACUGCAAUGGAUAUUCCAACCCUGAGCCCGGCCUGCUUUGCUCUUGCUGAUCAAAAACGUUUUUGUGUGCUGCUUACCCCAAUGGCUGUGCUAUGUAAGGCUACGGUGGCAGUUCAGGAGGAGAGUCAAAGGUUAUUUCCAAAAAUAAUUUUGAUUAGGCCUAUUCUAAAAAAUGCCCUAACUUGCGCGUGGACUAGUCUAUGUUCUGUUCAGUUCAGUUUGAGAAGGAGAGCGCGAAGAUGAGAAGGAGGACCGGAGGUCAAUUUUGAUAACUUGCUACAACUAUAAUUGAUUGAAUUAAAAACAAUGUUUUUUUCCCAUGGUGUAUUUAUCAAAGUUAUUGACCUCACAAUAUGCCAGAUUCGAGUAAUUGACAUUUUGGUGCCAAAACUUGAAGCAGCAGCCGCGGCACAAUCAAUUGGAAAAUGACAGAUCAUGGUGCUGAAAGUAGGCAAAUUUGAGUAGGCAUAAUUAAUUUCAACUGUCUUAAUUUUAAGAAAUAAGAGGUUGGCCUACCUGUUUGACAGACGAUAUUAGGUUAUAGGCUGCUAUAUCCAUAGAUUUGUUGGUCAAUUCCUCCACCCACCAUGCACUCUUUAAAUAGCCUACCUAUGUGUCAGUGAAGGGUUGUUAAAUUAAAACCAAGACUCAAUUGAGGGGGGUAUGAGAAGGUAUGCCAUAGGUCUACCUUUUAUUAAAGAAAAUGACAAAAAGCUCAGGCCUACCACUUGUUAGCUUAAGAUUUUGAAGAAAAUAAAGCGGAUCCAAUUAUAUAGUGAUCUAUAACAGCGCUUAGGUCCGCGAUGUCAUAUGCUAGAAACAAGCUGUAAAAUACCCGGGAAAGACGUGACUCCGAUGCAUAUGGGGAUAUCAAUGUUUCUUUGAAAUUCAGAGGCUGACUUUGCUUGGGAAGUAAUCUAAUUCUGUCACUAUCAAUUAUUUAAGCUAUUCACUUUCUGUACAAUAGAAGAUGUUUAAACACAGACAGCUUUUAGGGAAACACUCUCCUUGGGUUAAGGCACGGAAGAAGAGUAGCCAGCAGUUAAAUCUUACAUUUUUCUCCAUCGGUAGGCCUACUCUGUCUCAGAUUUAAUUAUGACAGACAAAAUGAGAAAAAAAAUCCAGAAAAUCACAUUGUAGGAUUUUUUAUGAAUUUAUUUGCAAAUUAUGGUGGAAAAUAAGUAUUUGGUCACCUACAAACAAGCAAGAUAUCUGGCUCUCACAGACCUGUAACUUCUUCUUUAAGAGGCUCCUCUGUCCUCCACUCGUUACCUGUAUUAUUUUUUUUUCUCAAUUUGUCUGUCAUAGUUGACGUGUACCUAUGAUGAAAAUUACAGGCCUCUCUCAUCUUUUUAAGUGGGAGAACUUGCACAAUUGGUGGCUGACUAAAUACUUUUUCCCCCCACUGUAUGCUUAGUUUAAUACACUGAAAACAAACUUUAAGAUACCAAAAAUAAUUUAGUCCAAUCAAUGUUGCUAAAUAUCAUGUGGCUGUCCAUGGGACUGAUUUCUGUGUGUGUGUGUGUGUGUUUGCGCUUGCAAGUAAAACUUUUUUUUUUUUUUUACUCACCCUACUUGUAGACUAUGCCAUCCUCCUCUCUUUUAUGUUGGCAAAACAGUCUAUGGCUCUGUCAUACAGUACUGUACACUUUGAGUUUUUGUUGUCAUAGCCUACCUAGCUUCCUCGCAUGGGCAACAAUGAACCAGCUAAGUUAGCUAGCUAGUUAACGUGAGCCUACUAGGCUACAUAUAGAACUUUAAUCGUCUCAGGCCAGUGGCACAACAUAUACAUUUAUGGUUAGAUCAGAAUCGCCGUCAUAAUCAUUGGCCUGUACAGAGAAUUAAGUCAAAACCACAAGACCAAAUCUCCAUCUCCACCCAUGGCUUAUUUAGCAAGCUAGCUACUGCAGGACAUCAAAACAAACAGAAAAGUUUUGCUUAGGAAGUGAUUUGAUUGGUGUGAAGCCAAAUCCAAACUAACCUCCCUUGGGGGCGUUUUGCUGCACCAGGACAACCCACAGUUGAGCUCAGCUCAACGCUGAUUGCUACUUAUUAUUAUUAUUAUUAUUUUUUAGCAAGGGAGGCCAAAUGCUUGCUGGAAUCAAUCAAUCGAAUGCUACAGCGGGAACAUGUUAUACUCUUUUGGUCCAGGCAGCAUCAGAUACAUGGGCUACACAUACUGAGACAGAGGCGCGCGUUUCCCUCGCUUGGAUGAUUUCUCCAGUGAGAUUCAGCCCCUUGCGAAUUGACAGAAAAUUAUAAAAACACAGAGACAAAAGAUAAAUAAUGUAUAAUUUGAUUUUUUUCAUUGGUCAAAUAUUUGGGGAAGCAUGGCUUCCCUUGGCAUCCGUGAAUACACACCACUGCUUUCCAUGCUUUUCCACACUGUGGUGGUAGGCCUACAACAUAACAUAUCCUUGUGUGAUUCCAAGUUUACUUCCAUAUGAUUGUUAUUAUAUAAAUAUUAGCGCAUAAUCGGUUUCCACCGCCCUUUCUCGCAUAAUUAAUUUUACAGACAAAACGAUCCCACCAUGUCAAAUGAAAAAAUUGUCUGUCGACAUUUAUGAAUUUGAAUCGACUUUGAUUUCAUGUUUACAUCAGCCCUGUUGUGACUUUUUUUUAUGCGUCAUGAAAUGGUUGGAUGGGAACUGGGUUUAUGUCAAUUCAAUUAAGGCCAUGUUUUGAUUCUUUGUUCACUGGUGGAAAUUGUUUUACAUCUUCUCCCCCCCCCCCCCCCCCCCCCCCCCCCCCCCCCCCCCAACCAGUGAGUGGAGAGGAGAAGAGAAGAACGGUGUGUGGAUGGCGCGUCAGUUGAAUGUCUUGGUGGUGGAAGAGGAAGACUUUUACAUUAACUACACGUGUCACGCCUGGAGCGACAGAGGCAUUUAUUCAGCCUACUUCACACUCCACCCUACAGGUUAGCCCAGCGGUCACCAACCAUUUGAGUCAAGAUCACUUUCUGAGUCAAAAUGCAAUCUAAGAUCUAACUCUCAGUUUUUUUUGGAACAUGAUUUAAAAAACGUAAGUCUAUGCAACAUUAACCUAUUAAAAACAGUACUGUACCAAUGAGGUUUGUGCAGUAGGCUAUAGGCCCAAUACAUUAUCUCUGCAUAUUGGCUUUGCUUGAAUUGCCCUGCCAAUGCAUUGUUUUUUAAUUAUAUUAAAACAUUUGAGGUAGGCUAUAAUCACACCGGUAAUAGAUCAGUUGUUGUAUUACUUGUGAGGCACAGCUGAAUGAGCAUACAUUUAAAUAAUUUGCUUUUUAUUUUAAUUUGACUGGGCUGAUGGUGCUUGCAUCUGAUGGUCAGUCUCAGCUGAGGGAGAGCAGCAAACUCCGCCACUGACACUGACUAAAAGGGGACACCGUCUUCCAGCAGAUAGCGAAAUUCGAAUCGCACCGCAUUAUUUCUGCCUCAUGCACAAAUUCAUGUUGUUGCUCUUAUGAACAGAGAAAGUGAAAUAUUCCUCCAUAUUAAAAAAUACCCUAAUAAUAACAACGCAAGCCUAUCGAUACACUUUCCUACUCAUUCAUUACAGCUGCAGUGCUGGUUGUAGCGCUAGUGGAAGUAGGAAGAAUGCGCAUUUUAUGGCUUAUAAAAGUGUUGAAUAAAAACUGUUGACCAGUGGAAGCUGCUGAGGGGCAGUGGUGGAAAAUGUACUCAAUUCUCAUACUUGAGUAAAAGUGAAGAUACCUUAAUAGAAAAUGACUCAAGUGAAAGUGAAAGUCACCCAGUAAAAUACUACUUGAGUAAAAGUCUAAAAGUAUUUGGUUUUAAAUAUACUUAAAUUCCAAAAGUAAAUGUAGUUGCUAAUAUAUACUUAAGUAUCAAAAGUAAAAGUAAAAGUACAAAUAAUAACAAAUUCCUUAUAUUAAGCAAACCGGAUAGCCAGGGUCACACUCCAACACUCAGACAUAAAAACAGCAGCUCUUUGUUGUAUUUGUUGACAGUCUCUCUCUAGUCAUGGUUUUAAAAGUUUUCAAAUCUCACAGUAUCAAUUUUGCUUCAGCUUUCUUUUACGCCUGCUACGUAACUGCAGACAUGAUAAUCUGAGCAUGCACUUGAUUUGCUCUCUUGGCCGCUAGGAAGGCAGAUUUUUCUAGUCUACCUUCAGACACAUGAAAUGGGAAUACUUGGCCUACCCAGCGCGCAGGGCCGCUGAAUCAUGUGCACCUACCGCCAACAGCGCGAGACCAAUAAAUAAAAAUAGGAACACAAGGCUUUUCCUUGGGUUUUUUACAAAAAUGCUUGGCGAUUGACUAGGAAUGCCUUGGAGAUGGUUGGUGACCACUGGGUUAGACAAUACUGCCUGGAAGACAACAUAAAGGUGUUCAGAAAGAGAAGAAUCACAUAUUCUCCUGUCCCUUUACCCUUGUUUUGAUAGUGUAAUAUAUUAGAUAACAACUUUGCAAACUAACCACAAAAAAAUAAAAGUUUUAGAAUUAAACUAGUCACCUUGACUUUGGGUAAAAAACGGUAGCAAAAAGAAUACAUUUUAAAUGCUAUCUUCUUGACUUUUUCUGCACAGAUCCAAACUACCUGCUCCCUAUUGGGGUACUACUGACCAGUCUGGUAUUGAUGUUUACUGUUAGUGUUGUCAUUUACCAUCGCUUCAAGAUCGACAUAGUGCUGUCGUUCAGGAGGAUGUUCCCGUUUCUCUACACAAACACAGGUACGUAAUGAGAGACGCUGUAUUGUAAAAGCACACUCAUGGAAACAUUCACAAAAACAUGCCUGAGCACACUCACGCAGGCAUGAAUGCACACACACACACACACACACACACACACACACACACACACACACACACACACACACACACACACACACACACACACACUAUCUGCAGACUCAUUGCACACUGUAGUGGCUUCCAAUUCUAAAUUAGCCACUGCCCUAGCAAUAGUUGAUUAAGUUUCAACGCAUCUUUUAUUCCUUUGUUCUCCUUUAGAAUCAGGGUUCCGUAGUUUGCCACAGGUCUUCAUUCAUAACUAAAUUAAACUUUCAAGAACAAUGCAAUGCCUUUUGUACCUCAGUGUGUUAUGGGUAAAGGAUAAUAUGAAAUGUUGUUAGUGGUGUAGCCUCCAACCAGUGCUAGGACUUCCCCCCCUAGCUUCCCAAACUACCUCCCCAUAUCGACUUUUGCUUCCCAGUAGAGUGGGCAGGUUCAAGCUGUCAAUCAUGGCUCAGGUAAAUAAGUAACCAUAAUAUGGGAAGCUCAUCUAAAUAAUAAUGCAUAUCCUUCUAAUUAAUCAUAAAUGAUAAUUCUUCUUUAAAGGGCCUUUUGGCUCCUACACAUACUGUGCAUUCACACAACGGAAACAACUCACACUAACAUAAACGUACAUACCGACACCAGAUUACAGACAGAAAUGCACAUAAAGUAUAUCUCACCACAACCUCCCAGGCCCACACUCAAACCCACACACACGCACGUUGCAUUGCUUGUUUCCCACUCCCCACCUCACCACAAGUAAAAUCAGCAGCAAGUGUAGCGAGGUACUGUAGCACAUCCCACAGCUAUGCAAGCACAGUAUUUUCCAUGACUCAGAGGAAAGAGAGAGAUGCAGUUUUCUACGAGGCACUGAAUAGGCCAUGUAACCAUAAAACACAAGUAACUAUGGUGUCAGACAUAACCAAGCCUCCUCCGUUACGCAGUGCUGUGGAGGCUUUUGCUCUAGCCCAGCACUAACACACCUGUUGUUUUUUACCCUCUUCUGCAUGCGGCAGAGUCUGAUGGAAAGCUGUAUGAUGCAUAUGUGGCGUAUCCCCAUCUGUUUGGGAGCGGGGCCAGUGGGGAGGUGGAAAUGUUUGCCCUCCACACGUUGCCCCAGGUUCUCGAGGGGAGGUGUGGCUACAGGCUCUUUAUUCUGGGCCGGGACAGCCUACCAGGGGAAGGUAAGACAUCUGCAUGUGUGACUGACUGUGUUAGAACCUGGGGCUCCUGGGCGCCACAGGACUGUGUUAGUCCACUGAGCUAAAGCCUUGGCAUUAGUACACAUGUAGUAUGAUGAUUAAAUAUGUGGAACCUUUCUGAAAUCAUAAAGAACUUCUAAAAAACCAUCUUAAUCAUAAAACAGUGUUUUAAUACCCAUUGUCCCUCUUCCCUAACCCCCUCUACCUCUUCUCCUCCCUCGCCCACACCCUCUAGCCAUAGUAGAUGUUGUGGAGGAGAGCAUGCGGGCCAGCCGGCGUCUCCUCCUGAUCUACACUGGCUCUACGUUCUGCAGUGGAGGUCACAGUGACAGCAGCAGCAGCAGCGGUGUCCUGGAGGCCUGGCAGAGCUUCGAGAGGCAGAUGGCCAUGCACCGUGCACUGCUGGAGGGUUCCCUUAAGGUGGUCCUGGUGGAGCUGGAAGAGAUCUCCCCCACACAGCUGGCCUUCUUCCCCGAGUCGGUGCGCCACAUCCGGGAGCGCCAGGGCGCUGUCUGCUGGUGGAAGAGUAGCAGGACUAGGAGGACCAGAGGGUUGAGGUGUGGGAGGUGGGGAGAAGAGGGGGAGGUGAAGGAGAAGAGAGGGGAGCUGGCUUCGCCCUCUCUCUCCUCACCCUCUCUCUCCUCAUCCUCACACUUCUGGAAGGAACUGAGGUAUUAUAUGCCUGUGAGGGGCAAGAGGACAAGGUGUCCAGAGAAGAACAGUCUGUUGAUCAUCUGAUGGGAUAGAUGGGCUGUUGGGAGAGGACAGUGUUGUCAUGUUAUGGAUGGAUGUUCAAAUGACCAAUGUUGUCUGUUGAAUGAACGGUCUUCUGAUACCAUGGAAAGAAUCAAAUAACACUUUUGUUUGGAUUAUCUGCCCCUCACAGCACAUUUUUCAAUCAGACUUUGGAGGACUGAACCUCUGGGGUGAGAUGUAUUUGAGGCGGGAAGAUAAUUGAUCGUCCUCCAAUUAAUGUUAGAAAAUGCAUUGUGGAAUGCAUACGCUCACGCACACACUCACACAUGCGCACACACAUGCACACACAUGCACACACA